AUGGCUGAAGAAAAAUAUUUUGAACCAGACAUUGAUCAUAUAAAGAUUCAUAUGGAUGUCAACUUGGAUGCACCGGGUGCGAGGCACUGCUUGGUUGAUAGGAUGAAAUCUAGUUCUCGACAAAUUCGUUACAGGUUACAUAAGCAUUACAAGAAGUAUGCAACCCUACAAGAUGCUAAGAAUAAUAAACCACCAUUUUGUGCUAGUAAAGAAAAUUGGGACGAACUCUGUGAUUAUUUUGCAUCAGCUAAGUUCAAGCAUCAAAGUUCAAUUAACUCUAUGAAUCGACAAAUGUUAAGGACCCCGCAUAUAUCUGGCAGAACUCCUUUUUCUACACUUCAACAUGAAAUUGCUCAGAAUAAUGCUAAUGGAGAUGCUAAUGGAGAUUCUAAUGGAGAUGUUAAUGGAGAUGCUGGGGACAUAAUUAAGUUCUAA